AUUUAUGGGAUUAAAUUUAUGCCUCCAAUUAAAAAAAGAAACCCAGAAGACGACGACUGAGUGGCCAUAAAAAGAAGUCAAGCGCAGCGACUCCUCCUUUCCUUCCAUUCCUCCUUGUCCUCCUCCUACAGAUUUCAGCCACUUUCCUUUUCCCACCGUUGUUCCCCUCAUUGCCGCGUCUCGGCCCCUUCACCCAAAGCAUGAACGGGACCGCCAAAUUUCUUCUUGGCCUGCUCUUCUUCACGUCGCUCAUGACCAACAUCAUCCUCAUCUGUAUGUUCGCCCGCAAGGCGGCGCCCGGGAGGAACGGCUGCUCCCCCUCUAAGGGCGAGUCCCGGAGUGGUGGGCACCGUGGCCAGGAUUCGGUGUUCGCUGACCUGACUGCCGCCGAGCACGACGCUGUGAAGCGGUACGUCAUGGCGCUGGCCAGUCUGAACAUCACCGAUGACCCCUGGGCUGACCCCACCGAGAACUCCCUCUUCCUCAUUGAGCUGCACCUGCCCCGGAAGGAAGAGACUCAUCGGUAUCUGGAAGGCGUGGGUGACAAGCCCCCCAGGGAGGCCAUUGUGGUGCUGUUCAGGGGGUCCCAGGCUAGGAUAGAGGAGUAUGUGGUGGGGCCGCUGCCAGAGCCCACCUACCACCGGGAUGUCACCGUGGAGAAGUAUGGCCGCUACCCGCCCUUCAGCUCCCGCCCCAUCUCCAACUGGGAAUACGAUGCCUUCCUCCAUCAUGUCUGCCAGAAGGAGCUCUCAAAGGUGACCGCCAUCCUGGAGGAGAGCUUCGGAGGGGCCGCUGACAAGUUCUACACCAUUGAAAGCCAGCCAAGGGGCUUCAGUUCGGGAAGGAGGGAGACAUGGCUUUCCUUCUGCUUUGCCCAGCCCGGGUACUUCCUUCAGCCCAUGGGCUUUGAGAUCUUCCUGGAUCACAGCGAUGCCAACGUCUCCCAGUGGGAGAUCCUCAAGGUGCUCUACAACGGCCAGUACUUUGACAGCCUGGAGGACCUGAAGGAGAAAUACGAGCAGGGCCACGUCAAGAGGGUCACACUGCAAGGGAAGAAGGAGCUGGGCACCUUAAUGCCCAGGACAAAGACGGAAGGUGUGCCACCCCUGGAGGUUGACCCGAGGGGCCGGCGGUACACCCUGGAUGACAACCGGGUGCAGUACCUCAACUGGAGCUUUGACUUUGGGCUUAGCCUGGUCCAUGGCUUCCGUGUGUUUGAUGCCCGAUUUGCAGGGCAGCGUGUGGCCUACGAGGUCAGCGUCCAAGAAGCUGCCAGCGUCUACGGAGCCUCGGUGGGUGCAGCAAUGCUAACCAAGUCUCUGGAUACGGGCUUUGCCAUGGGGAGCUCCGCUCACGAGCUGGUGCGGGGCGUGGACUGCCCUUAUCUUGCCACCUAUGUGGACACCUACCAGUAUGUCCAGACCAACAGUACCCGGCGGGUCAGGAACUCCAUCUGCAUCUUUGAGUACAGCACAGAGCACCCACUCAGGCGCCAUCUUACUAAUUAUAUCAGCGUGGGCUACGGGGGGCAGGCCAACAGCAUGCUGGUCGUGAGGACCAUCACGGACAUCGGCAACUACGACUACAUCUGGGAUUUUAUGUUCUACCAGAACGGGGCAAUGGAAGUCAAGGUGUUUGCCACGGGUUACAUCCUCACCACCUACCUGACUGAAGGCAGUCUGCAGUAUGGCCACCGGGUGGCAGCAAAUGCAGUGGGGAACAUCCACACUCACUUCAUGAGCUUCAAAGUGGACCUGGACAUCGCGGGUACAAAUAAUUAUUUUCUGACUAAGGAUAUGGCCUACCAUGAGGUGCAAAUCCCCUGGAGCCCAGAGCGCAGGGUGCAAGUGCCCAAGUUGGUGGAGAAGCAAUUGAAGACAGAAAAUGAGGCAGCCUUACGAUUUGAUCAGAAAAUUCCCCGCUACCUGCACAUCGCUAGCAAUAAGACCAACAAGUGGGGUCACAAUCGCUCGUACAGGAUUCAGGUGCUCAGCUUCAAUGGGGACCACCUGCCCGAAUCUGUUCCAGAGGAGGCGGCCGUGUCCUGGGCCAGGUAUAAAGUUGCCAUCACUAAACACAAAGACCACGAAAGCACCAGCAGCAGCCUCUACAACCAGAACGACAUGUGGUCCCCAGCCGUCAACUUCAGCAGCUAUAUCAACGGCGAGUCCAUUGAAAAUGAGGAUCUUGUGGCUUGGAUCUCGACUGGAUUUCUUCACAUUCCCCAUGCCGAGGACAUCCCCAACACUGUCACUGCUGGCAAUGGAGGCGGCUUCUUCCUGAGGCCACACAACUACUUCGACGAGGACCCAUCCAUCAACUCGCCUGACUCUGUCUACCUCGACCCCAGCAUCCCUUCGGACAGCUGCGAACUGAACCCCAAUGCCUGUUUGCAGAAGGAGGCCUGCAUGCCCAACUUGCCUGCCUUUACCUACAAUGGCUUCGACGAGGUCAUUCAAAUCUAGGUUGGAGGACUUUGGGUUUGGUGGGGGAGC